CAACCACACAAUUAAAGUAUCAAAUCACUGCAACAUAUUUGAAUUUAAUUCAUCCCUGAAAUUGACGUGGCUGAGAAGACUUGUCACAAGCCUAAGAGCCCUUCUUCAUCUAUAAAUAUACUCUUGUUCAGUGAUGAAAACUUAAUAUAAUUUGGUUUCUCCCCAAAUUCUCCACUUGUUCACUUAAUCUUUCUCACUACCUGAUCGUGGAAAUGGCGAUUGGACCAUCAAGUGUGAUCAUUAUUGUUGGGAUAAUCUUGGCGUUGACUUAUCAGUCAAUCUUGAAACCUCCUCCACCGAAUCUAUGUGGCUCCCCCGGUGGUCCACCGAUCACAGCACCGCGUAUAAAGCUGCGAGACGGGAGACAUUUGGCAUACAAGGAGUAUGGACUUCCAAGAGAGAAAGCUAAACACAAAAUAGUCUUCAUCCAUGGAUCCGAUAGUUGUAGACACGACGCCGUUUUCGCCACUCUUCUUUCUCCGGAUUUAGUUCAAGAACGAGGCGUGUAUAUGGUUUCGUUUGACAAACCGGGUUAUGGAGAGAGUGAUCCGGAUCCAAUCCGUACACCAAAAAGCUUGGCUUUGGAUAUUGAAGAGCUAGCUGAUCAACUGAGUCUAGGAUCAAAGUUCUACGUGAUUGGGAAAUCAAUGGGAGGACAAGCGGCGUGGGGAUGCCUUAAGUACACCCCUCACCGGUUAGCCGGAGUAACACUAGUUGCUCCUGUGGUUAACUACUAUUGGAGGAACUUACCUUUGAACAUUUCCACUGAAGGAUUUAACUUGCAGCAAAAGAGAGAUCAAUGGGCGGUUCGUGUUGCUCACUACGCUCCUUGGCUUAUUUACUGGUGGAACACACAAAACUGGUUCCCGGGUUCGAGUGUUGUGAACCGAGAUGGCGGUGUCUUGUCACAGCCCGAUAAAGAUAUCAUUUUGAAGCUGGGAUCUUCGAGGAAACCGCAUUUGGCAGAAGUAAGGCAGCAAGGAAUACAUGAGAGUAUUAACCGUGAUAUGAUUGUGGGUUUUGGAAAUUGGGAAUUUGAUCCUUUAGAACUCGAGAAUCCGUUUUUAAACAGAGAAGGCUCUGUUCAUUUGUGGCAAGGAGACGAGGACAUGUUAGUGCCUGUGACGCUGCAACGUUACAUUGCAGAUAAGCUUCCUUGGCUUCACUAUCAUGAGGUUGCCGGAGGUGGCCACUUCUUCCCCCUCGCUAAAGGUGUCGUUGAUGAGAUUGUUAAGACAGCUCUUAACCACUGAUGCGUAGCAUUAAGUAAGAUAAGAUCCCAAAGGUAUGAAAAAACCCCAAAAGAUUAUGGGACGUACAAUGGAUUUCUUAUGUAAAAUGAUUUACAUAUACGAAAACAUAAUAAAGUAGACUUUUUUACAGUUCC